AGCGAAUUGCUUUCGUUGCGUCAGUGGAUCUAGUACCGCAGACAGGUAAAAGCAAAGCUGCUCGGGUAGCGAUUGCAUGAGGCAUGCCCGAAAGGUGGUGUGUAGAUUAUAACGAGGAACAAAUCCGUCAGGCUGCAUUACGAUCUGGACCAAAUGGCUUUGUCGGAUUUCUAGAGUUCAACCCGUCCGUGUUCGGCAUUCGAAAUGCUCCUCAAAUUAUGGAUUUAUCCUCGUGUGGGGGCUAUUCCAUUGACGAAUCCGAACUGCGCGCUUUACCUCAACAAAAGAAGAAGAACAGUAAAGAGGAUUGCGAGCUGGAUAUUGUGACAAUGCGUCAGAUGCUAGGCCUAGAUGCACAGACCACUCAUCGCCCUCAUGUACGGAUGCCCAUGGCACCCGUGCAUGCUGUUGCCAGGGGUAAGGAGCUGGCUGUAGCUAUAGGAGAGCUCGUAAUGGUUAUACACUUCUUCACCGAAGGGCACCUCCUUGUGGAUUAUACGUCCAACCAUGGUUUUUUCCAGACGAUAGUACCUUGCGGUGAAAAAGGGAAAUCAUUCCAGCUGCCGAGUGACCUAGAGGACCCUACUAUUGCUGCAGGUCCAAAGCGGCAUGCUCGUAAGAUGUGGACCAUAGUAGGUCGCCGCUAUACAAUCUCCGGGGUUGAUCACCAAGCUUUUAUGACUGCACGUCUAGGGCGGAUGCGGCGUACUGUAGAGACACAGGAUCUACGUCCAGGUUCAGCUCUAUGGGAUACCAUCUGGGAUGCAGGACAUGGUCCUGACUGGUUCCUGGAGAAAGAGAAGGCUGUGGAGCAAUAUGAUAGCUGGGCGUUGACCUUUCCCCAGGAAGAGAGUCGCAAACCCAUCCUGGAUGUUAUCACAGGAGAUCAACAAACAUUUAACGGUAUGGGCGCUUGGAUGGCUACUGACUUGCUAGCCAGGUGUUGCAUCCAUCCUUUGCAACCUGCUUCUGCUGUCAAACGGUCGAAGAUGUUUAUUUCGCGCAUCAGGGCUGAGAUGCUCAGGAUGGCUGGCCUUUUUAGACCUGCGUUCAAGAAGCCUGAGGUCAAGUGGGUAUAUGUCUUCAUGCCCAAAGGAUCACCCUACUCGUUCUGCGAACAUGCUCACCGCAGUUGGAGCGGGGCAGUAUGGGUUUAUAGAAGGACCAAGGCCAACCUAUCUCCAGAACAAAUGGAGCUUGCUCCGCUCGGCUACCUGGACCCUCGCUACAACUUGCACGCAGACGGUGAGGCGACCAUAGACCCUUCCAAAGAACAUCUAGAGCCACGUCACUUCCUAUACCGAGACUUUCCAAUCCAUGUGUAUAGGAAAGGUUCGGGCAAGUACUAUACAUAUAUCCAGGCUGCUCCUCCACGUGAAUGGUAUGAUGGAGUCUCCAUCGUUGAGCCAGACGAUGAUGUCUUCGGCAAUGGUUACCUGAACAAAUCGACGCUAGGCCCAUAUUCGUUUGAGUUAUUCGUGAAGUCCAGACUCUCAAAGACAAAGCCUCAGAGAGGUCGUCCAGCCAAGCUCAAAACAGGAAGUAGAGGGGGACCAAAGUCUGAACAUAACAAGAACAAGCUUGAGGCAUAUGCUCGCUCUUCAAAGCGCCGCAGGAUAUCGUAUGAGCUAGGGCUGGAGCUGCAAAGGACAGAAGAAGCCCAUGAUGAUGGAUUGAUAGAAGUCGGUGAGAGAGACGAUGCAUCAUCCUUUCAUGAUGGCAGCCUAGCCCAAGAUGACGGUCGGAGACGUUCUCAGAGGUUGAGAAAACAUGAUAAAUAGCAUUUCAAAGGGUUUAUGGAUGCGUUACUUUUCAUUAGAUCUAAUGCAGAGCCCCAAGGCAAUCGAGCAGACGGACCUAAGUAUUCGAGUCGGAUGCCAGCGACGUGACAUUAGGAGCAUCACAG